AUGCAGAAUCUCACGCCUCUUACGUGCUUCUUAACCCUGCUCUUCUCACUAGGUAUAUCGGCGCAGAACUCCACCUUCCGGAAUCCUAUCAUCACCGGAUUUCAUCCGGAUCCGAGCUGCAUCUUUGUGUCUGAGCUCGGCGAUACUUGGUUCUGCGCGUCAUCAAGCUUCCUUGCUUUCCCGGGCCUACCAAUCCAUGCCAGUAGGGAUUUGAUACACUGGAAGCAUGUGUCCAACGCCUUCAGUCGCUCUGACCAGCUGCCAGGCAUGGCUUUCCUACCCAAAGCCACCAGUGGUAUUUAUGCGCCGACGCUGCGCUUUCGAGACGGGAUCUUCUACCUCAUGACUACAUUAGUUAACCAGCAGCUACCGCGCGUCAAUGAUUCCCGCUGGGACAACUUCCUCGUCACCACUGAGGAUCCGUAUAGUUCCGAGGCCUGGUCCGACCCAAUACACUUCUCCUUUCCGGGGUUCGACCCGAGCCCAUUUUGGGACGAUGAUGGUACUACGUACGUCUCUGGCGCUCAUACUGCGGCAUAUUAUCCCGGCAUAAUGCACGCCCCUCUCGACCUUGAGACUGGCGAAAUUGGGAAUAUCCUUAUGCCAUGGAAUGGAACCGGUGGUUCAUCACCAGAGGGUCCACACAUCUUUAAACGCGAUGGUUGGUAUUAUCUGUUGGCAGCCGAAGGAGGAACCCGCGAGAACCACAUGGUGACCAUGGCGCGCUCCCGCAACCUGCAGGGACCGUUCGAGCCCGCACCAGCCAACCCGCUCCUCACGGCAGCCAAUGAUACAAGCUCAUAUUUUCAAGCUGUGGGACAUGCUGAUUUGUUUCAGGACGCAAACGGGAGGUGGUGGGCUGUAGCCCUUGCAGUUCGCGCCGGCGGUUCCUACGGCGAGGCGCCGUAUUUUGCAAACUUCCCCCUGGGCCGGGAGACGGUACUCACGCCCGUGACAUGGGAGGAGGGCGGAUGGCCUGUCUUCACCCCUGUCUCUGGCGAGGUCUCAGCCUGGCCGCUGCCCGCUGAAGAAAUUCCUGAGCAGGGUGAAGGCCAACUAAGCGAUGCUGACGACUCCGUUACAUUUCCACCCGGCACCCAAUUGCCGAUCCAUUUCGUCCACUGGCGACUGCCCACCGCGCGGAACUACGCCGUCUCGCCGCCUGGCCACUGGAAUACGUUAGCGCUGAAAUCAUCGGUGCUCAAUCUCACGGGUUUCGACGGGGACUACGCGCUAGGCCGUGGACAGACUUUCGUCGGCCGGCGGAUGGCGCACUCGCUGUUCCGGUUCCGCGUCGACGUAGAUUGGACAUCUUCGUUGACCAAGGAGGAGAUGGAAGUUGGGGUCUCAGUUAUUCAAGACCAGGCUCAGCACUUUGACCUGGGUAUCGUAUUGCUCAAGUCCUCGAAGGAGAACAAUACGAGCAGCGCCCCGCUCCAGCCCUACAUUCGUUUCAGAGGACACUCUGAGACGCCGUAUCGUGGGCUUACCAACGUCCGGACCGAGGCCUACCCGCUACCAGAGGGAUGGGCCGGACAGAAACUGACUCUGCAGGUCGAGGCCGUCAAUAGUACACACUUUGCAUUUUCGGCUGGGCCAGCAGGGAAGGAGGCGGAGAUACGGGUCUUUGGCUACUGUCGAGGAGACGAACUGGUGCCAUAUUACUCGGGUCUCGUCCUUGGGGUCUACGCUACUUCUAACGGCAAGCAUGGCGAACGGGCGUUUGAGACGUAUGUAUCUAACUGGCAGUACACGGGCCUCCGACAGUUUAGAUCCCAAGAAGACGUUGACGAUGCGGAUCGUGAGGUAUGA